AUGCUACUACCAAAACCAAAAUUGCAACUUUUUCACCCAAAAUAUCCAGUACAAUAUCAACAACUACUGCAACAACCAAUACAACAAAAACAACUACUACAACAGGGCUCUCUAAAACCUCAGGCGACACUAAAACGGCAGAAUACUUCUGAACAGCAUAAUCUAGUACAAAUGCAAGAUAUACUACAACAGAAGCCGGAGACACUACAGCAGUCAGAGACAUUUAAAAGACACUGUAUACUACAGCAGGAGGAACCACAACAGCAGCAUGGUAUACUACAACAAGAGGCAACAAUACAACAGUAUGAUAUAAAACAGGAGCAGGAACCACUACAAGAGCAAAAUAUACAACAGCAGGAUCCAGUACAAAAGCAAGAACUACUACAACAAGAAAAACAUAUUGUUUUAGAAAACGCAGUUAAUUCAAAUAUUGGAACAGUAAGUAAUUCUAGAGCAUUUAUUUUCAAUCUUCAUUUUAUACACCUUUAAUAAAAAAAGUCCUCAUCUAAUUAAUAAAAGAAAGAAUAAUGCAUUUUUAAUCCCUUUAGGUAUUAACAAGAACAAGACUACGAGAGCUGAUAAAUGAAGUAGAUCCAAAUGAGCAGUUGGAUUUGGAGGUUGAAGAUCUAAUGAUGCAAUUAUCAGAUGAUUUUAUUGAAGAAAUAAUCAAAGGAGCUUGCUCAUUUUCUAAACAUAGGAAAUCAAAUAUUGUAGAAGCUCAAGACGUCCAAAUUUACCUGGGUAACUAAAUUGAUAAAGUACCUAAUUUUCUAAUAACUUGAAUGAAUAAAAACACAAGAAACAUUGUUUUUUAGAUCGAUAUACAAACAUUCAAAUACCAAGUUACAAUACACAUGAAUUAAAACCAAACAAAAAAGCGCCAAAAACUGAGGCUCAUAGACAACGUAUGGCAUUGAUCAAGAAAACUAUAGUAACAAAAAAAUNUUAUGCAACUUACAGUAAAAUAUAUAAUACACUAAGUUAGAAUUAAAUAAAAUGUCAACAUAAAAAUGUUUGAGUUCAUGAUACCCAUCUUCAAUUUCCAAAGUUUUCAUAAAGUUUGUUAAGCACACUCACAUGUAAUUUAAUUUAUUUGGUUUAUUAGACCAUUAAAGUCGGUACCAAAUAUACAUUUUUUUAAUUAACUAUUUUCUAUUUUUGAAAUACUAAACAGUGACACAUUCAGUAGAAGAAUAAGGGGAUAUAGCUCAUAUUUGGGUUUUUCAAAUUCUUUUAUAUGACAACCUAUAUUUUAAAUUCAAAAUUAUACUUACUCUUUGUUAAUACACAAAUUCAAAAUUUGAUGUGACCUGAAUUUAUUUUAACAAAUCACAAUAACCAAAACAUAAGUAUAAAAUUUAUUGAUUUAAUUUAAAUGCACAAAACCAAUUCUAUUAAUUUUCUUAUGUUAUUAAAUAAAAGGUAUAGUAUGAAGGAAUAUGUUGUAUUAACUCAGUAAUAAAGUAGUAGUAAAAAAAUAAUACCUACAUAAAAUUAUUUGUACUUAACUAAAACACAAUUUCCUAAUUUGAUAUCUCCUUCACUAGCAAUACUAAAUACCACUUAACAUAUGAUCCAGUGAAAACUUGAAAAUUUAACUCAGAAACAUAGACUUUUGUUUGUGAAAAUAAUGAUUUUGAAAAAAUUAUAUGCAAAAUUAUAUAGGUAUAUAAUUACAAGUUAACUACACCUAUUUCAUUCAAUACAUUACUUUACAACAUCAAUAAUAAAAAUACAAUAUCUCCAUAAUUUAUAUUUAAUCCAAUGAAAGUAAAAAAAAAAUUAAAUAAUCAUAUAUACUUCUUAAAUAUAUUAUAUAUAUAUACAAAAAUAAAUUUUAUAUUUUAUAAAUAUUUAUGUUAUUCUAAUCUAUAAAUAACGGGUGCUAUUAAUAAACACACAAUUUUAAAUAAUGUGUCUCCUGCAAGACAACUUCACAAAUAACUCAAAGAAAACAAGUAGUUUAACUAUUUAAAAUACAUUUUGCAUGUAAUAACUAAUAUUUUAAUAAUUCAAUACUAAAUUUGAUUGUGUAAAAUGCAGUUAAAAAAACCCUUUUUAUGCCCUUUUUUGCUAUAUAUCAUAUAAGCCUAUUAAUAAUUCAUAAACAAUACUCAUUUAGUCUUAACUUCCUUAAUUAAUAAUUUCAAAGCAGAUUGAAUUACAAAAAUAACUUAUGAAUUAUUAAAAUAAAUUGAACUUUUUUAUAAUAAUAUGUCUCCUGCAAAAUCAUUAACCAAAAAACUCAAAGGAAACUGGAUUAUUUUACUAUUUAAAAUAUAUUUUACAAUAUUUUAAUACUUCAGUAAACAAUUUGUUGUAUAAAAAUACAGUUUAACUAUAAAUUUUCCAUUCAAUUUCUGACAAAUGCCUAUUCAUAGUUUAUAAACAAUAACAAUAUACUGUUAUAUUAUUUCAAUGACAAUUUAAAGACAGAUGGAAUUGUAAUAAUAACUUAGAAAUUAUACAAAAAAAUUGAUCUUUUUUAACUCAGGUAAUAUUGCACCUCAAUUCCGUUUGACAUAAAAUUCAAAUGAGUGUCUGGAUAAUCUCAAGGUAAAAAUAAUAGUUUACUUGAUCAAAUUAAUAUUGUAUACAUUUAUUGUUGUUGUAUAAGUCAGUUUGUCUACUUUCAUUCUAUUUAUUUAUAUGUUGGCACACUCAUUAUAAAUAUAAAAAAAAAAAUAUUGAGACCAUAAUUCUAAAUCAGAUAAAAUAAAUAUAAUUUUUCUAAUCAAAUGGAUAUCAAUAUUGUUGUUCUUUUAAGCCUAGACAAAUCUGGCAAUCUUAAUAAAUAAACAAUUUUAAUAAUAUGUCUCCUGUAAAAUCAAUUCACUAAAAAUUCAAAGGAAACUGGACUAUUUUACUAUUUAAAAUAUAUUUUGCAAUAUUUUAAUACUUCAAUGAACAAUUUGUUUGUAUAAAAAAACAGAGUAACAAAGCUUUUUCUAUAUAAUUCCUCACAUUUUCCUAUUCAUAAUUUAUAAACAAUAACAAAAUACUGUUGUAUUAUUUCAAUGAAAAUUUCAUGAAUAAUUGAAUAGUAAAAAUACCUUAAAAAUUAUAUAAAUAAAUUGAUCUUUUUUAACUUUGGUAAAAUUGUUUUACUAAAUUCAGACAGUAAUUUCAUAUUUAAUAUCGUGUUUAUUAGCAACUCUUAAUACAAUUUCACAUUAAAUUCAAAGAAAUGUCUAGAUUAUAUCAAAAUAUAUAUUUUACUUAAACAACUCACUUAAACAACUGGGAUUGCUAAAACCUCAGGCGCCACUAAAACAGGAGAAAUGUUCUGAACAGCAAGGUCUACAAAACCAGCAUGAUCUACUACAACAGAAGCCGGAGAUAUUUAAAAAGCAUGGUAUACUACAACAGGGGGAACCACAACAGCAAUAUUGUAUACUACAACAAGAGGAACCAAUACAGCAGUAUGGUAUACAACAGCAGCAGGAACUACUUCAGGAGCAGAAUAUACUACAGCAGGAUCCAGUACACUAGCAAGAACUACUACAAAAACAGGAAAAACAUAUUAUUUUAGAUAACGCAGAUAAUUCAAGUAGUGGAGCAGUAAGUAAUUCUAUAGAAUUUAUUUUCAUUCUUCAUUUUAUACACCUUUAAUAAUAAAGUCCUCAUCUAAUUAUCAAAAGAAAGAAUAAUGUAUUUUUAAUCCCUUCAGGUAUUAACAAGAACAAGACUACGAGAGCUGAUAAAUGAAGUAGAUCCAAAUGAGCAGUUGGAUUUGGAGGUUGAAGAUCUAAUGAUGCAAUUAUCAGAUGAUUUUAUUGAAGAAAUAAUCAAAGGAGCUUGCUCAUUUUCUAAACAUAGGAAAUCAAAUAUUGUAGAAGCUCAAGACGUCCAAAUUUACCUGGGUAACUAA